AUGAUCAGUAAUUGUUUGCAAUAUCCAUGUUUUUCUCCUUGCUACGUUCCCAGUUAUGAAAGAUUCUUUCAUUGUCGACUGCUUCUUCAUCUAAAAUUAGCUCGAAAAGCAGAAGACAAUCGAAGAAUAGAAAAAGAAUCUUUGAAAGUUUUGAUGACACUUUCGAAAGCGCCUCAAGGCUUCCGCUUUAAAUUAGAUGAUUAA